AGGUCGUGCGUAUCUGUCAGCAUGCAAGCAUGCCCCUGCCGUACCGUGCCAGGGACGUAACGGCACGCCCCCGUGCCACGGCACUUUAAACCUUGCCUAUAAGUCCGCCUUUCCAACUGCACCCUUACAAGUCCGCCCUUACAAGUCCGCCUUUCCUGUGCCCUUGAGAAGACGGGGAAUGGUUCACCGUCCAUUCACCAUCUUUAGUGUAAAAAAGACGGUUUACACAAACUUUUCAAGUCCUGAGUGUUGUGCCCUAGAUAAGACGGUGAAUCGUUCAUCGUCUUCAUAAGACGGUAAACGAUUCACCGUCUUUAGUGCCCGUGCCCUAAAGAAGACGGUGACUAUUAUAGCCGCGCUACCGGCAUUCUGUGUAUAGGGCAGUGAGGUCUAGCGAUCGAGGACGACGCUGAUUUCUUUUCAUAUUGUUGAGCUUCAUGUACUGGAUCGAGUCCUACGACAGUUUGGUCUCCUCCAGCAUAUACCCAUUAACGUGGAGACCAUCCGUCUUGUCACUUCUCAGGGGCGGUCAGAUGAGGAUUGGGCUAUCUUUCAUGCUGCACACAUCGAGAGAUUGGGACAGAGAUUACAGGCCAUUUUUGAUCAAUUACCGAUUGCCGGUGAUGACCCGAUACAAGCGACCUUCAUUUAUAUGUAGUGGCAUUGGCAGAUCACGAGAAGAUGGAUUUCUCUCCAGUACAGCUUUGGUGGACGCAUUACGACAGACUCACUAUAGCAUCAGAGAGCUCGUUGAUGAUCCACCUGCGAUCCAUACGAUGCUGGAGUCAUUGACGGGCAUCUGUGCCCAUUUUGAGUCGGUACUGGAGCACGUUCCUGCCAUACCUAUUGUCGCUGAUAUCGGAGGUCGAGAUUUUGGCCAUGCCUCGACAUCCGGUCAUCACAGGAGACAGUCACCGACUCCUACUGGAUCAUACUCGACAUCGAGCCAGCGGGUGUCGCGAUCUCCAUCUCUUACUGAUGCUGCAGAUAUGCCCGCCGCCCCUUCAACAUUUCCUUUCUUGACAUUAGACUCGCUUCCGCCGCCAGUCUCUCGAGCGUACUUUAGAUCUGUCUAUUCUCGACAUCAUGGCGCGUCAUCAUCACAGCCCCGCCUAGCAUAUACACCGGCCACUGUCGAGGGUGAUCGACCUAAGCCAAAGGAGACAGGCGAUUCCGGAGCAUCACGAGGGCAUCAUCAUUGCGGAUCUUGAUCAGAUGGCCGGUAUCGAGGCUCUUGAUGACGUACCUAUUGCUGAGCUCGAUGUGGAUCGUGGUCGUAGACGUGGACGUGCACGAGGACGUGGCCGAGGACGUCGAGGGAGAGGAAGAUCGAGAGACUGAUCGUAUCUUGUUGAUUUAGAUCGCAUACAUUGUAUAAUAUUAUAUAGCACUUUAUUUAGUUCAUAUUUGUAUAUUUUUCUGUGUUUUUGUUGAAUAUCCGAUUGAUUAUAUCUUGUUGUUCCACUUGCCUUGUUGUGUUUCUUGUUGAAAUAUUUGUUCUCGUGAAAAUUCUUGCCUCAAAUUUGUUCAAAUUAUUUUUAAAAUAUAAGUGAAAAAAAGGAGCUGGGGCUGUUUGCACUGAAGGCGGUGAACCAUUCACCGCCUUUAGUGCAAAAUCCCCAAAAGCCAA